ACGGCAACAGUUAAUUUCAACAAAGUGUUGAGUGAGAGUCAGAGCAGCUGCUCUCUGCCGCCCUCCAGGCCCGGGUUUGGGACAGGCGGCUUUCAGUUUUACACCACAAGAACAGCUGCAGUCCAGACCGGAGCUGCCGAGUUAAAGAGUCGCUCAUAAACAUAAGAGCAGGAGGCGGAGUCUUCUCCGUCAGUCGCUGCACGAUGAACGGCAGCAGCAGCGUCUCCAGAGCUCAGAGCACCAGGAUCAAGAGUGAGCCAGAUGACUGGAGUAAAGAAGACUGUCUGACUCUGCUGGAGAGGAUUCGCAGUCUGCUGCCGGACGGAGACGCCAUGAAGUAUAAAACCACAGAGUCGCAUUUCGACUGGGAGAAGGUUUGUUUCGGCAGCUUCACGGGUGACAUGUGCCGCCAGAAAUGGCAGAAAGUCUCAUCUGAGGUUCGUAAGUACAGAACGAUGACGGAGCUCAUCAUAGACGCCAUGGAGUUUGUGAAGAAUCCAUACAAAGGCAAAAAACUGAAGACUCACCCAGAUUUUCCCAAGAAACCUCUGACUCCAUAUUUCCGCUUCUUCAUGGAAAAACGAGCCAAAUAUGCCAAAAUCCACCCCGAGAUGAGCAACCUGGACCUGACCAAGAUCCUGUCCAAGAAGUACAAGGAGCUCCCAGACAAGAAGAAGCAAAAGUACAUCACAGAGUUUCAACGAGAGAAAGAAGAGUUUGAGAAGAACAUGGCUCGAUUCAAGGAGGAUCAUCCAGAGCUGAUAGAAGAGAGGAAGAAGUCUGACCUGCCAGAGAAGCCAAAAACUCCUCAACAGCUGUGGUACAACCACGAGAAGAAAGCCUACAUGAAGCUCCACCCUGAGGUGAGUCAGAAGGAGCUGAAGGAGGCUCUGAGGAGACAGUGGUCCCAGCUGUCUGACAAAAGGAGGCUUAAGUGGAUCAGCAAGGCCCUGGAGCUCCAGAAAGACUACGAGGGCAGUAUGAGAGCGUAUCAUGAAGCUCAUCCAGAUGCGAACUCUGAUGAUCACGUUCGGUCCGUCCUCACCAAAGCAGAGAGACAGCUGAAGGACAAGUUUGAUGGACGGCCGACAAAACCGCCACCUAACGGCUACUCUCUGUACUGUGCGGAGCUGAUGGUGAACAUGAAGGACGUCCCCAGCACGGAGCGGAUGGUUCUCUGCAGCAAACAGUGGAAAAUGAUGACACAGAAAGAGAAGGACAUGUUCCAGAAACGCUGCGAGCAGAAAAAGAAGCAGUACGACAUCGACCUGCAGAGGUUUCUGGAGAGUCUCCCAGAGGAGGAACGAGACCGCGUCAUGACGGAGGAAAAACUGGGCGGGACCAGACUUGGAGGGGGCGUGGCCUCAAGCCCACACAGAGCCAGGUCUCCCUCUGUCAAGGAGCAGUGUCGGGAGGCGGAGCCAGAGACAUGGGUACCUGCAGGGCUGUCUAAAGAGAGACGGGAUGGGAAGAAGACGGCAAAGCUUCCGGAGACGCCUAAAACAGCUGAGGAGAUGUGGCAGCACAGUGUGAUUGGAGACUACCUGGCUAAAUACAGAAGCGACCGGAGGAAGGCCCAGGCAGGGAUGGAGGCGGCCUGGAAGUCGAUGGAGAAGAAGGAGAAGAUUCCGUGGAUCAAAAAGGCAGCGGAGGACCAGAAGCGUUAUGAGAGGGAGCUGCUGGAGAUGAGGACCACACCAGCAGGUCAGAGUCAGAGGAAACCCAAGUUUGAUGGAGAACCAAAGAAACCUCCAGUGAGUGGCUAUCAGAUGUUCUCCCAGGAGCUGCUGACCAAUGGCGAGCUGAACCACUUCAGCCUGAAGGAGCGGAUGGUGGAGAUCGGGAAGCGAUGGCACAAACUGAGCCAGAGUCAGAAAGAAAAGUACAAGAAGCUGGUGGAGGAGCAGCAGGUGGAGUACAAGGCAGAGCUGGAGGCUUGGGUCAAGUCUCUGUCUCCUCAGGAUCGAGCCGUCUAUAAGGAGUUUUCCAGCUCGAAACGUCGCAGCACCACAAAAGUUCGCAGCAGCCCUGGAGCCAAAGUGCGCGUGACAGCGAAGGGAAAAGCAGCUGGUUCAAGAGCCACGACGCAGACGGUUGGCGUGGCCAAGAGGGCCAUGGCAUACCGAGCAAAGCAGGACAUGUCCGACUCAGACGAGGAGGAGGAGAAGAGCGACUCGUCUGACUCUGAUGAAGAUGACGAGACAUCAGGAUCCACUGACAGCGAUGACGACGAUGAUGAUGAUGAGGUGAAAACAUGUUUUCAUCUCUGCAGAACGUUUCUAAGGAAACAAACCGCUGAUCUCAUAAAGGAUAAAAAAAGUACAAAAUGUUUGAGAAUGAUGACGAGGAUGAGGAUGAUGAAGACGACGAAGAUCAGAGUUCCUCAGAGGAAUCCAGUGACUCAGACUCGGACUAGCUCCGCCCCCUCCACCUCACUGGAGAGGACAGGUUGUGCAGGCCACGCCUCCUCACGAUAAUCAAUCUGGCGGACCAAUGAGAAGUGAAGACGUCAUACUGCGGUCGCGCUGGCCCCUCCCACCUCCCUGUGAUGGGGCGGAGCCUAACGGAGCGUUUUGUUACCUUUGUGUUUGUUUUUUAGAGUGUUGGUUUUUAUCGGAGGAACAUUUUAGGUGGGCAGAAAAGUUUUUGUUGUGUUUUUUUUUUUUUUGCAGGGCUGGGGAUUGUACAGUCUGACAGGCGGGUGGGCGGAGCCUAUUGCUUAUUGUUAGUUGCAGAUGAGGGAGGAGCCAGCGUUCAGCCUUCAGUCGGCCACCUGUCUGAGAAAAUUAACAAAUAAAUGCACUUUUUCUCA